UUUAAUGCAUGAUGAGAGGAAGUAUGGGAUACAGUCUUCUUGUUACUUAUUUAUAAUUUAUAUCACUUUUCAUCUAUAAUGGCUAUGAUGCAUAUGCAUAUAUAUUUGCCUAACUACAUAGUAUAUAGAUGCAUGUAUGUGAGUAUAUAUAAGUUAAGUCUUUCUCACUUUGCACAACAUCUCUAUGUGCUAAGGCAUCUCUUUCUCUCCCUCUCUCACACAAAGACUCUCUCUAUUUCUCUCUCCCUCUCUCCUAGAGAUUUUUAUUAUGAAAGACACCAAGAAGAAGACGCCAUGCAGCAAAAAGCUUGGAGGAUACUUGAAAGAGCAAAAGGGAAGGCUUUACAUCAUCAGAAGAUGUGUGGUCAUGCUCAUUUGUUGGCAUGACUAAGUUGCAACUUACAUGUGUUAAGUUAUAUAUACAUGCAUAUGUAUAUGUGCACAUGCAUAUAGACAAUAUCUAUGUUGUAGUACAACGGUUUAAUUGAAGAAAGGGAUCGGAUCUUUGUGGUUGUGGCGAUUUGCGAUGUGAGCGGAAUUCGCAAGAUGGAGAUAUAAGGGGUUUUAACCAUUCAUAUCGUGAUGUCUCCGAGUUUUUACUCACGUAUGGGUUAAGAGAAUAAUUUUUGAGUUAGUAAGAAAACUUAUAUGUAGAAUCUUCUUUAAUGUUAGUGUAUGACAUAGAAUAAGGAGAAGAAAUAAGGUUAGUUUGUAUAUGCACACAGAGAAUAGUUGUUAGUUGAAUUUCCUUGUCUCUAAUCCAAGUCUUCCUUGUUGUUA